CUGACUUAUUUUGUACCCGCCGUCUGGGGGCGUCCCAGAAGGCCUCGGCCCCAUUGUGCAAUGCGCUAACAGAAGCAUGCGCUGAGCACAUUGGAAAGGAGGUGGUGGGGGAGCAGGAGGAGGAAGGGGGGAUGGCGGAGGAAGGGAGAGGAGCGGGAACACAACGAUGAGCAGGGGCUCGGCUCCAGAAGGGGGGCCCACGCGGGGGCAAGAGCGCCGAUCCUGUGAUGAGGCCCGCGCUGCAGCGGGAGCACCACCUGGAAAGGCAGAAAGCAUCCCGACAAACGAGGCCACCCGAUAUCUCAGUGUGUUCGAAUUCCUGCGUGUGAGAACGGUGCGCGGAGAGGGUGCGACACCCGCGGGAAAAUGGCAACACGAGAAACAAGAUCGAUGGUGAUACUGACACUAAGGAAGAAAAAUGAAAGAAAAAGAGAGCGAGAGAGAAAGAGAGAGGGAGGAAUAAAGAGGGGAACAUGGAGACGGGGCAGGAGGGAGGGGAAGAACGAGGACGACGGAGAGGAGGAAAGCCACAACGCCAGCAACUAGCACAGCCUAGGUCGAUCGCGGAGCUCGUCAAUCUCCUCCGUCGCCCUCUUCCUCGAGAGCUCUCUUGGCUGCCAGCUUGGCUCUCAACCUGUCCUUCUUGGCUUUCUCCCCAACGUUCUCGGCGUUCACCUCGUCGUCCUUCUUGUCACACUUCUUCUUGAUCGCAGCUUUCAGAUCGGUUGCUUCGGCCAUGUCCUUGUCCGCAGCUUCCGCUUCUUCCUCCGACUUCUUCCCACGUCCAGCUGCCUCUCCGUUCUUUCCUCUUGCAGUAUCCUUGGUUGCCUCCACUUCGUCCUCCUCCGCAGCCGCCAUCUUAAGACCUGCGUCCUCUUCAUCUUUGCGCAAUUUUGCCUUGAGCUGCUGGCAAGACAUCUUUUCUAUCUUUGCAUCCACAUCCUCAACAUCCUCGUCACCGUCUGGCUCUUCAGCAUCUUCGUCCUCCCUCCCGUCGGCAUCGCCAUCCUCGGCUUCUUUCGCGAAGCUGGAACUCUUCGCCUCCGACCUCCUCGAGCCAGACGGUGGCUCCUCCGCCCAGAAGCCCGAGCGCGCGGCCCGCCUCCCUUGGCCCACCAGGGACUCCACCCCGGCGCCCCGCUCCCUGCGCCCGGCGCUGAGCCCGCACCUGCCCCACGGCGAGGCCCCGCCCUCCGCCUGGAACCCCGCCGCGCCCACGCGCCUCUCCCGGCAGCCCGGUGCCGAGCGCGCCCCCGCGCCGCCCCAGAGGAACGCGGAGCCGCCAGAGCCGCGCCGGGCCCUCGGAGGGCCCGAGCACGCCGCGCCCGGCGCCGGGCCCCAGAAGCUGGCGGGAGGCGGCCGGCCGGCCCGCGGCGGCCAGCGCUCCUGCAGGGGGCCGCCGUGGUCGCAGCCCGCCGCGUCCGCGCCGAGGGCGUCGAGCCGCCGCAUGGGUACGCCCGCGGGCGCCCGCCGAUUUGGACGCCCGAAGUGGUCGUCCCGAGCCGAGGGGGCAGAGACGCGGGACCUGGCACCGCCCACCUGGCAGGCUGGUGGGUGCUCGGCCGCGCUGGGGCCGAGACGGAGGCGGGCGGUCCUCCUCUCUGGGAAAGGCUCAGGCCCAGACCCCCUCGAGGCAUGCAGAAAUCAUGAC